CAUAUUGCUUUCAUUUAUUUUUGUUUUCGGCGAAGUUCAAUUUUCUUGUCAGAACGUUUCCAUGUCGUGAAAUUCUAGGAAUUGUCUGGGCCUUUUUCCUUUUUAUUGCGUUUUAAAAUUUCAGCAUUUUACGUUCUACUGCUUAAUUCUUACUGGAACCAUGCUGAUCUGUCCAGCUGAACCGACUUCCGUCCAGCCACCACAAUCCAUCAUAGAAGUGAAGAACAAAAUUCGGCUUGGUCAUGACGAAUGUUGCACUUGCUGUUGCUGCUGUACACCGCAACCAAAGUGUCUCAAAUAUGUUCAACCGGAGAAAACUAAGUCCUUCGCCCCCAUGAGGUAUUACUACAAGCCGGAUGUCCCCAUGGAGGAUAACACGACGUAUCGUCUUUCGUAUUGGGAGGGUCCAAAUUCCCCUGUCGAGCCAUUUCACCCUCAGGAUAACUUGACUGUUGGAGGGGGCGAAUUGUCCGACGACACAACGCACCGGUUGAGCUAUCCGGGGAAUUGGUGCGUCAAACCGGAAGUCCCGAUAACGCCCUGCCAACGGCAAUUGCUUGGCAGAGGUCCGAUGCAGGAUGUUACAACCCAGAAGCACGACUACACAUGGAAGUUGAUUCCGCGUACCGAAUCGUUUAAACAUAAGUCAAACAUCUACUCCCCCUGCGCUACGAUGUCCGACGACACUACGUACCGAAUGAGCUACUACAACUACAAUUGCUUGACACCAAUCAAGUCGUACGCCCCCAUUAGAGAGUACUCAAAGUCUGACGUACCCAUGGACGGAUGCACAACCUAUAGACUCAGUUAUUGGCCCACAGUUGCACCACCCAAGCUCAUCACGAUAUGCUUCUCUUUAAUCCAGGAGGAAUAUCCUUGGGCUAAAAAAGGAGAGUAUCAUCCUCCGGUUAAUCCAAUGGACGGUUGCACGACCUACAAGUUGAGCUACUGGCCAAACUGUGACGCAAAGCCGAGGAAGCCGUUCUCGAUGCCCGACACAGAGAAUAUCUUAAAUGCGAAAUGCUGUUUCGACGACAACACAACUUACAGGCUAAGCUAUUUCGGAUGUGAAGCCGAUGCGAAAAGGGAGCCGAUACGACAGUCGGAGAACAUCACGCUGCCCAAUUGUCCUCUUUCCCACGACACUACAAAUCGGUUAAGUUAUCUUGGAAACUGGUGCGUGAAACCGGAAAAGCCGAUAACUCCCUGCACGAGACAGCUGCUCGGAAGAGGACCGAUGCAGGAAGUGACAACCCAGAAGCACGACUACACCUGGAAGUGUGCCCAGGGUGAUGGAGACAAGUUCAGACCGGUUGACAACCUCGAGUUUUCCCCGUUGCCGUUGGAAUGUUGCACGACACACCGACUAUCGUACAUGCCGAUAAACGAGAAGUCCCUUGUUCCUAUUAAAUCGUACGCGCCUGAGAGAAGGUAUUGGCGGUCCGAUGUUCCCAUGGAGGGAGAAACCACGAUGAAGCUGAGUUAUCAGCCCGUCGAAGUCGCCGAUAAGGUCGAGAAGCCUUGGGGUGCGAAGCCCGGUUAUCAUCCUCCAACGACCCCAAUGACCGAUUACACGACAUACAAUCUGAGCUAUAUUCCUCCAGGCACUCUGGUUCCUCUGCCAGAAGACGCACCGCCAUGUCCACCCUCGAAUGCGUGUAAACCCUGUGGGCAAUGCUGCAACUAGGAUCCGCGUGGUUCCAGGCUGAGAAGACGUUCACAAUUUCAUCUGACGCUGGCAUGAUUUUUAUAUAUUUUUACUCCCGUUUUUAUUGUCCUUUU